GUCAGACACAUGCUGCGGCAGGACUCCACUAGGGGGUUCUAGUGCAGCCAAUGUUUGCCUAAUUCAUGAACGGGUCAGACGUCGAUGAGGAGAGAGUUGACGAUGCUAGACUAACACGUGCAAGGUCACGUAGGAUCCCGCACGUGUUUCAAGCCCUACAACCGGAAGACGAAAGACGUAUUCGUGCAGAACGUAGAGCCCGUGCACUAGCAGCCGCUAGAGCAACAGCAAACGCCGCAGCUAGGGAACAGGCUGCCGCAGCAGCUAGGGCAGCAGCCAUGACUAGCUCAGCAGCAUCCUCUGCGGCUUUGUAUGGGACUUUGUUGGGAAUGCCAACAAGUUCCACGGGCACUUCCAGUUCAUCGGGUUCUCGACAGUCUACUAAUCAAAUGGCGGGCUCGCAGUUCAGCCCGUUGACUCCUCGCGAAAGGGAGCUCUGGGAGCUCCAACAGGUCGAAAGGACCCGUGAAAGAUUAGAGAGGGAACUGAAACAGGCUACCGACAGAGAAAAGGAAAUCAAAAAUAGAACAGCCAGGCUUGAUACAUUAGAGGCUGACAAGGCUGAGUUAGAGGGCUUGGACGACUCUGGAAUGAAUGAGCCCAUGAAAGUGUUGAGGAACAACAUGCUGUCACUGCAUGCGCACGUGGACAACAGGUUGGACUUCAUGCAGAAUACUUUGGACCAGAUCCUGGAUGUUUUGACAAGGCCAGGAUUUAGGCCACCAGCACAAUCACCGUUGCCGUUAACGACGAUGUCAGGCCCUUUUCCAGUACAAGCUGGUACACAACCAAGUGGUACGUCUGCAGCAGCCGCACAAACUGUUGCAUUUUCUUCUUCGGAUCCAGCGGUGAUUGCUACAUCACCGCAACAACCUGUUCCUCACCAGGGACAGCCGCAGGGUCAAUGGUAUCCUGAGACCCCAAUGAAACCGCCCCUUGCCUUCUCAGGCGAGAGAAAGGACGAAGAGCUCAACACUUGGUUGAGAUCAGUUCCGGUUUGGGUAAAGGCCAAGAGAACCUUGCUGGAGGACGAAGUGGCUACUGCUGCAUCCUACCUUGAGGGUAAGGCAACCGAAUGGCUAGAUGGUGUAGUUAUAAAGGCCGGGUAUGGGCGACGCAUGGCGGACUGGGCUAAGUCCCUUACGCUAGAUCAGUUCAUGGAGAUGGUAGAAGCUCGAUGGCAUAAUCCACAGGAGGCACAAAAGGCCACUGAUGUGAUUAACAAGCUAGACCAACGAAAGUUCAAGUCGGUUAGAGAGCUUACGACUACCGUUGAGAACCUGAUCCUCGUCCCAGGCAUUAACUACAGCGACCAGUUCCUGUUAACUACAUUUGUCAGAUGUCUCCCAGAGAACAUCAGGAACUUACUGGCUAGUGAGGCACGCACUGAGUACCAUUCGUUUGAGACACUGUCUAGGAAAGCCUUAGAUUUGGAGGCCACGCUAGGCAAUGCUCAACCAACCUCCCAGACUGACGCGAAGAAGAAGAAGAGUCCUCAGGAGUGGAAAAAGAAGGGGGCUAAGUUGAUGAUGGUGGAGUCCGAUGGAACCCAAACUGAGAUCGACGAGCUCACGGACCUGAUGGACUAUACAGAGUUUGACGGCGAGGAGGUAGUUGAGGGUAGCACUCUCGCCGCGGUAGUCAAGACUAAGGCAGGUGGCCGAGGGAAGGACCAACCUAGGAGUCAAGGAAAGGCCGCCUUCAAUCAGACCAAGCAGGCUGAAUGGGUGAAGGCAGGUCUUGACCAAGACGUGUGGCGUGACCGCCGAGUGCUCGCCUCUCCUUUGACUGAUCUAACUCAACUUGACACACCGUGGGACUGGAGUGAUGAGUGCGAGGGUGCUUUCAAGAGAUUGAAGCAUGCACUCAUGAAUCAUGAGGUCCUCAUGGUUCCCGAUCCUCAGAAGCCAUUCAUAGUGACCACUGACGCAAGCCAAUACGGUAUUGGCGCAGUGCUGGCUCAGCAGGAUGGGAAAAAGUUGAGACCGAUUGAGUACAGGAGCAAGAAGAUGCCAUCGAAGAAGUUGGCAAAGUCCACCUACGAAAGGGAACUCUACGCGCUAUACAAAACACUUGUCCAUUGGAGGCACUUCCUAUUGGGAAGGUUCUUCUACUUGAGGACUGAUCAUCAGACCCUCAAAUGGAUCAAGACUCAACCGGCUCUAUCUGACACACUCAAGCGAUGGAUUGAGGUCAUAGACCAAUAUGACUUCAAACUCGAGUAUCUGGAGGGAGAGUAUAACAAGGUUGCUGAUGCGUUAUCACGUAGAGCAGACUAUCUAGGUGCGCUAGUUUCGGAAGAAGUAACUCAAUCAUUGGUGGGAGCCUAUCUGGAAGACCCUGUCACGAUGGACAUCAUUCGCAAACUUCAGGCAAAAGACAAGGCCACAGAAAGACAGAGUGUUUCCAUGGAUUUCAUGGACACCCUGGUGACUAGUAAGAGUGGCAAGAGGCACAUUUUCGUCAUCAUCGAUCGAUUCACCAAGUACGCUAGGCUAGUGGCCAUGCCAGAGACCACAAGAACUGACUAUGUCAUCAAGUUGUUCAAGGACAACUGGGAUGACUGGGAUGAGCAGUUGCCUCUCAUCGCCAACCUGUACAACAAUGUUGUCCACAGCAGUACCGGCGUUAGUCCUAACCAGCUACACUUGGGAUGGAAGCCUAGAUCAGCACUAGACUUCCUCCUACCUGAAAACCGACCUGCUGCAACUCCAGGCACACUAGAGUAUGGUGUGCAAUAUGAGAAGUUGCUGCAAGAGGCUGUCGAGCAUAUGAAGAAAGCUCAGCAAGCAAUGAUUGCUUAUGAGAAUCAACAUCGUAGACAGUCCACAUUUCAGGUAGGGGAACGAGUCUGGGUCAAGGCUAGUGAGUUAGGACAGGAGUUCGGAAUCUCUCGCAAACUAAUGCCUCAGUACUUUGGUCCCUGGGAAGUCUUGGAUGUAGUGGGAGAUGAAAUGGAUGGUCCUACGUACGUCAUUCGUGUCCCUGUACACCUACGCACUCACCCAGUCUUUCAUGCCUCAAAGCUUACACCUUUCGCUGAGACUGAUCAAUUCCCUUCCAGGAGAUCGAUGCUGCCCCCAACCAUGGAUGGACAAGUCGACAUUGACGAUAUUGUGGAUCACAGGGAUAUGCCUGUUCCGAAGCCGCUGGGUCGAGGAAGACCUCCUAAACCCAAGAGAGAGUACCGCGUCAGAUUCAGGCAUCAUACGGAUCCGAAAGAAGAUCGGUGGUUUACCAGGGAGGAACUGAUUGAGACAGCUCCUCAUGUGGUGGCAGAAUAUGAGAGGCUACUGAAAGAGGAGGCACCUGCAAAGUAAGCAUCUCAGCGGACUUUCGAAG